AUGUGAUUAACCCAUUUAACAAUCAGCAAAUUUCCUCUCCUUCCCACACUGUGUCCGUCAUCCCAAAACCACACCAUGAGAUCCCACCCUCCAUUACCCAAACCCGACGAAGACUCCGACCCACUAAUCCGACCCACUCAAACAACCCUCCUCCCUACAACCCGGAAGAAAGGAACCGGCGUCAGAGCCUGGCUUCUUCUAGACUCAACCGGCCAAGCCCAGAUUGUCGAAGCCGGAAAACAUGCAAUCAUGCGCCGUACCGGAUUGCCCGCCCGUGAUCUUCGGAUUCUUGACCCGCAAUUGUCUUACCCGUCAACAGUUUUGGGGCGAGAACGGGCAAUUGUGAUCAAUUUGGAGCAUAUUAAAGCUAUAAUUACUGCCCAAGAAGUUCUUUUAUUGAAUUCUAAAGAUCCUUCUGUUAUUCCGUUCGUUGAUGAAUUGCAACGGAGACUGUUGUGUCAUUAUAACGCUACUAAAGCUCAGGAGGGUAGUGGUAAUGAUGCAAACUGGACAAAUCUGUAUGAUCCUGAAGAACCACAAUCGAGAGCAAGAGAUAAGAAUUGUCCAGAUGGUUUUCGACAUUCUCAGGACCUUGAAGAGGGAGGUAAAGGGGACGGAAAACCGGGUCUUGAGAAUCGAGACGGAUCAAAUGUUCUUCCGUUUGAGUUCGUUGCAUUAGAAGCUUGUCUUGAAGCUGCUUGUGGUUGCUUGGAAAAUGAAGCGAAAACACUAGAGCUGGAGGCCCAUCCGGCAUUGGAUAAACUGACUUCAAAGAUCAGUACUCUCAACUUAGAACGUGUUCGGCAAAUCAAAAGUCGUUUGGUUGCAAUAACUGGGCGUGUUCAGAAGGUUAGGGAUGAGUUGGAGCACUUGUUAGAUGAUGAUGACGACAUGGCUGAGAUGUAUCUAACUGAAAAGCUGGUUCAACAGCUGGAAAAUUCUUCGAAUUCCUCUUUAAAUGAGAGAGAUGACAUGGAUGAUGAGUAUCUCCAAGCAGAUUUGGAUGGCAGGAUUCCUGCUGAAGUUUCGUUGGACCCGCAGGGGGCUUCUACUAGCUUUGAAGGCGAUAUUCAUAAUGCUGGCAACCCACAGGAUCAGCUGUUUGAUACUCCUAGCAUGAUUCGUAGGGACAGCCAUGGGACCCAUACCUCCACCACUCGAAGUGCUAUAACCAAGCAACUUGAUGUGGAAGAGCUUGAAAUGCUGUUGGAGGCUUAUUUUGUACAAAUUGACGGCACACUGAAUAAAUUAUCCACGCUGAGGGAAUACGUAGACGACACAGAAGAUUAUAUCAACAUCAUGCUGGAUGACAAACAGAAUCAUCUCCUGCAAAUGGGUGUCAUGUUGACAACAGCGACUCUAGUGAUAAGUUGUUUUGUUGUCGUUGCCGGUAUUUUUGGCAUGAAUAUCAAUAUCGAGCUGUUCAAUGAAGAGAUGGAAACAGGGAUGCGGAAGUUUUUGUGGACUGUCGGGGGCAGCUGUACCGGGAGUGUAUUCAUGUACAUAGUUGCCAUCGCCUGGUGCAAGCACAAGCGAUUGCUGGAGUAAUUGAGGCGAACUUUAAAUGUAAGUAAUUGAUGUGCAACAAAUUUGAGUAGCUCUUAUACGACAUAUCGCAAAGAAAUUAUGCGUAUAAACGGUGAUAGCGUUCUCAAUGAUGCAUCUAAUUGUAAAGGGUUGAUAAUUUCUCUACUGGUUUCAAGUUUUGAGGUGGGAAUCUGCCAUUGUAUAGCUUUCGAUAUUUCACAUACCAAAAAGACAUUAUUAAAUGUGUAUUGGCUGAUUAUCCUACAGAUCGACUGUAGAAACUUUGCAGUGCAGUAAUAAAUAAAAUAUAACUAUGUUUUGAUUCA